GCGUCCGCCGCUCGUACCCCACUCGACGGCCGAGCCGAGCACUGCCAUCGGAGGAGUCGCCGUUCGUCGUCGCUGCUCGCCGGUCUUGGCAGCUAUUGGGACUGGAACUCUAGCGGGAGACGGACCGGCUCGCGCGGCCCCUCGGCUCUUCUCUACCGGCGACUCCGGGCCGAAUCGUCGCGCCUCGUGGACCGGAGCAGCGUGCGAGCUUCCGCCUCGUGGACCGGCGGGGUGCAGCGGGACAGACGCCGACGGGCGCGCGCGCCUUUCUCGCCUCGACUCGCCCCGAUUCGCCCCGAGUAGCCCCGAGUAGCCCCGAGUAGCCCCGACUCGCCCCGACUCGCCCCGACUAGCCCCGACUCGCCCCGACUCGAUCGCCGACCCUCGGCCCGGCGCGCAUCCCUGUCGGUGCCAGACGCAGAGUAGAAGCCCGCGCGGUCCCGCGAGUUAUGGCAUUCCUGAGAACGGUGCCGCGGUGUUGUGCCGGCAAGAAGCUGGGAAAGUGUCCGCCGCUGCAGCUCGGCCUCCUCGACAAUGUCGCCCGGCCGUCCGUUCAGCUGGCGAAGGUUCUCGAGCGCGCCAACUCCACCGAGACCAAGCCGGUCCCGAGGCAGAUCGACCCCCUCGACCUCAGGUUUAACGACCCCGUCGCCUCUUUCAAGAGCAAGACCACCAAGGAACUCAUCCGGGCCUACGUCGUCUACCAGAUAUGCUCCCUCGAGUACAUCGUCGAGAACAACAUGAAG